AUGGGUUUCUUUCAUCACGAAUCUGAAGAGGCCAAGCAGUACACCGAUUUCAAUGACUUCGCUCCAAUCCGAGAACAUAAAUCCAAAAUUUCGCAUGAGCUGAUCAGCGGAGCGGCUGCUUUCGAGGCUGCAAAAGCUUGGGAGGACCACAAAAAAGCAAACGGCGAGCCGGAAAAUCAUGCCAAGGCAAAGGAAAUCGCGGCGGGCAUGGCUGGGGCGUUUGUAGACCGCAUGGUUGAAACUCACGGCUUGGACUACAUCGACCGAGAAAGAGCGAAGCGAGAAGCCCGAGAGAGAAUUGAGGGCGCUAUCGACGACAACGGCUACUGA